UCCCGCCACCACGCCCCCUGCGGCCCCCAGGCCUUUGCCCACGCUGCGGUCGCCGCCGACUCCAAGGUCUGCUCAGACAUUGGACGGUCCUUCUACUCGGGGCAGCUGGGCCGGACGCUGCUGGAGGACAUCGCCCGGAAAGGCAGCCAACUGACCAUGCAGGACCUGACCUCCUUCCAGCCCGAGGUGGUGGCCGCCCUGGCCAUGCCCCUGGGGGACUACACCCUGUACUCCCCGCCGCCGCCUGCAGGGGGCGCAAUUCUCAGCCUCAUCCUCAACGUGCUCAAAGGGUUCAACUUCUCUGCGGAGUCGGUGGCCGGGCCUGAAGGGAACGUGACCUUGUACCAUCACCUUGUGGAAACAUUCAAGUUUGCCGGGGGGCUGAGGUGGCGGCUGUGGGACCCGCGGAGCCACCCGGACGUCCAGGUGAGCUUUGGGGCGAUGGUGUACUCGCCUCGCACGGGCAUCCUCCUCAACAACCAGCUCCGAUGCAGAGAUGACAGCCUGGCAUCCAGCUCCCCGACACCCUCGGCUCCCCCACACCCUCAGCUCCCUCACAUCCUCGGCUCCCCCAGACCCUCACCUCCCCCACACCCUCACCUCCCCCGGAGCCUCAGGUCUGGCCUGGGCCCUGUUGCCAUGGAGACAGGUCUGAGGCGUCCUCACCUGGGGCCCCCCUCUCUCCCCCAGGAAGUGAAGCAGGGGCUGGAGCGCCGGGGCCAGGAGCAGGCGGUGCGGCAGUUCUUCCUGAACGUGGUGCAGGCCGUGUUCCAGGACGGGGCCUGCGUGCAGGCCGUCUCGGACCCCAGGAAGCAGGGGGAGGCCGCCGGCUACUGAGGCGGCUGCUCCCCAGAGCCGGGAUCUGCCCGACCUCGGCCUGUGGAGGGUCAGGGCGUGACUGACCCCUGGCCGGGGAGCCAGUGGGGGUGCAAGAGGUGGGGCAGCCUGGCAGAGGGGCCCGCGCCCGCCCCCUGGGCCGGUGGCCCUGCGUGUCCCUCCAGCUUCUCCAGCCUCCCCCCCAGGACUGUGGGCCCCUCCCCAUCAGUGCAUCCUCCAGUUCAAGGUGAAAGAGGAGGCGCCCCCGCAUUCGGGGAGGGAGGGGACCCUCAGGAAGCAGACGCAUGGGUUCCCACCGUCCUUUGCACCAGCAUAGAUGUGGGGAAACUGAGGCAGUUGGGCCCAUCAGGCCUCCCCUGGGCAGAAGCAGUGCCCCUGCCCCCCCCCACUUGCUGGAGCUCUGACGUGGGGCCGCCUGGGCCCCCUGUUGUGGGAAAGGAAGGCAGGGGUGCGGCCUGGGCCCUGGCCAAGGCCUGUCUCUGCCUCUCGUCUUCGGGGCCAGGAAAGCGUUGGCCGCAGUGAGACCUGAGACCCCGGCCCGGCCCAGCAGCCCAUGCUCCCACCCCUGGCACCACUUGGGGUGACACACUCUUUGUGGUGGGGCUGUCCCCACAGCACUCCUGGCCUCCCCCACUAGGUGCAGCAGCACCCCCACCCCCAACAACCAGCCCCAAACCACCCCCAGUUGAGAACCGCUCAUCUGGACCCAGGAGCCCCAACCACCAUGACUGGCUUUGCCAGCUGCUGGCAGGGCCGCCCUGGCCUGGGGGUCCCGCCCCUCCUGGUUCCUGAGAGAAUCGGGGUCCCCCUCCCCCUGGCAGGGCCCCCCUGAGUCCUGCCUCCCACUCCUCCUGGCGUUGGGCCAAGCAGGAUGCACUCCCUGUGCCCAGAGACAAAACACCACACACAGGCCUCCUGACGCGGAAACUG